CACUUUUUGUUUGUUCACACUUUUUGUUCGCUUUUUUGCCGUUGCGCGUGUUUUCGGUCACUUUUCAAAGGAGAAGUUUAUGUCCUGAUCAAAAGAGAAAGUUUCGCACAUUAUGGCGAGCCGAUCUGACACUGAGCUCUUGACUGAGCACUUUGGGUAUCCCCCCGUGAGCCUGCUAGACCUGAUAAUCAACACAACCAACACCCUAGCCGACCGCGCCCUCACUUCAAUCGAAUCCGGGCUCUUGAACGCGCCCCCCUCCGCGCUCGGGUUCCGACCCCCGGCGUUUUCCUCCCCUGCGGACAGCCACCGGAACGAAGUCGAGGAGGGGGUGCAUAAACUCGAGACGUUGCUGUUCGCGGCGCUGGACAAGAACUUUGACAAAUUCGAGAUCUACACCAUGCGCUUUCUUUUGACUGUUAACCCUGAGGACGAGCCAUACACCACGCUGUCGCACUACAGGGGGUUGGAUUUUGAAACCGGAGAGGGGGAGGUGGAAGUCGGGGGGGUGAACGAAAUCAGGAGGAGACUGCAGGAGAGUAUGAAAUUGGGUGUUAUGCUCGAGGCGGAGAGGGCGAGGAAUGAGGGGUUGCUGGGGGAGUUGAGACGGUUGGUUGGGACACAGGGGGGGGUUAAAUCUGAGGGGAAUGAGGGGGGGAAAGAGAAGUCGGUUUUUGGGUUUCUGGCUGAGGGACGGAGGGGGCUGGAGGGGGUGGACAGGGAGAGGCCGUUGGAGACGACGGCGAGGUUUGGGAGAAGUCAGCUGGGGAGCUUGAGGGAGUUGAGUGUGGGGUUGGGGGGGCUGCUGCCGCGGUUGGCGCAGGAGACGGCGGCGGAGGAUGGGGGAGCAACAACGAGGGAUUGGAGGAGGGAGAGGCUGGAAUAUGUCGAGGCUGCUGCGAGGAGGCAUUUGGAAAAUGUACGGGGGUUGGAGUUGACGAGGGACGGGGCGGUGAGGGAUGAUAAUGCUGAGAUGGUGGUCGGGGGGCCGAAGACGAUGGAGGUGGGGGAUUUGGAACGGGUGGUUGGGUUGCUCGGGGUGGGGGAAGCAGAAGAAAAGGGGACGGGGAAGGAGGCGGAGGGGGAUAGGAUGGACGAGUCUUGA